AUGUAUGAACCAUAUUGUACCGCUUAUUUUUCAUCGUAUAGUUCUGAUUAUGAAAAGCAAUAUGAAACAUUCAAUUCAAAUCAACCUAUAACAACAUCAUCAGAAACAAAAACGAAAUCAAUACGUCGAUCAAAACAUAUUCCACAUCAUUUACGACCUCAUCAUAUUGUUGAAAAACGUAAUACACGUGAACGAAGACGUGUACAUGAUGUUAAUCAAGCAUUUUUAUUACUUAAAGCACUUUUACCAUUUGAUGCAUAUAAUAAUUCUCGAGAUCAAUUAAAUUCUACUCGUAUAUCAAAAGUUCGUACACUUCGUCAAGCAGUUAAUUAUAUUGAAGCACUUCAACAUAUGUUAAAUGAAACAAAUUAA